AUGGUUGACCCAAAAUAUGAGACUUCACCUUCCAACCAGACCUGUGAUGCUGUCGACACAUCAGCCAGCACUUUCUUUAUGGUGGUCUACAGUCUGCUGUUUGUGGUGGGUCUACCUCUCAAUGGCUUCGUCAUAAAGUUCUACUGUCAAGCUCAGCAGCAGGCAUCGAGCAGCUUGAAGGUCUUCCUGAAAAACCUGACAGCUGCCGACUUUCUGCUCUGUCUCUCUCUGCCACUGCGCAUCGGCCACUAUAAUAGCGGAUCUAUAAUAAUUUGGCAGCUCUACUGCAGCUUUGGAGCCUCGGCCUUCUACCUCAACAUGUGUGCCAGCAUCAUAUUCAUGGGGUACAUCGCUGCCAACAGGUAUCUGAAGAUUGUUCAUCCUUCACGAACUCGUGUCCUGCAGACAGUAUGGACUGCCCGCAUCAUCUCGAUGAUCACCUGGAUUUUUCUCGUGACUACAGGAAUUAUUUUCAUCAUCCUGUUUUUCAUCACUCAUAAAUCUCUGCCUUCUAGUAUCAGCCGCUGUGUUCUCAUCUUUAGUCCACUGGUCACUGUGUCCUUCAAAAUCAUUCAGGCUUUGAGUGUCGUUGCUUUCCUCAUGGUCUUCAUAUCCAUGGUCUUCUUCUACUACAGCACCUCCCGCAGGGUGUUGCAGGCACAGCAGAGGCAGCUGACCUCCUCUGGCUCAGAGAAGCUCUUGAAGUCUCGCAGGAACAUGUUGGUGCUGGUCAGCAUCUUCUGUGUUUGUUUUGUCCCAUUUUACCUGGUUCGACUACCCUCAGUUUUUCUGUGGAGCAGCUGCUCUGUGGGUCCAGCAUUGUACUACCUGCAGGAGGUGACCACCAUGGUUGCAGCUUUCAACAUCUGUCUGGAUCCUCUUGUUUACUUUUUCCUCUGUAAGACUUUUCAUGCUCAGGUGAGAAAGGCAUUCAGGGGGACCAACAUCCAACAAGCAAAUGAGGAGAGUGAGUAG